AUGGAAAACCCUUUAGAAACCUCUUCCUCCUCAACACACCAAUUAACUGAAGAACAAAAACCCCAAUCGUUACCUGUUAAUCAAUUAACUGCAACCGAAAAAUGGAGACUAAUAUUUAAUUUUAAUCAAAUAUCAGAACAAACUAAAUUUUAUUUGGUUCGAGUUUAUCUGUCUUUAAUUUUUAAUAUAACUAUAGCAUGUUUUGGUGUACUUUUUACAAUGUUUAUUUGGAGACCAAAUAUUUAUAUACAAAUUGGACUCCUAAUUUAUACAUGUCAUUAUUUUUUAGACACUAUCGAUGCACAUGGCCUAAAAAUCAUACCUGUAAUGAAGGUAUCAUUUGUUCUUGGUAUAACUACAAGUGAUUUAAUUUUAUUCCAUUUUAAUACAAAUCCAAGUGUUGUUUUAUCUGCAUUUAUUUGCACCUGUGGAAUUUUUGCAAUAUUUACCAUCUUUGCAUUUCAUUCAUAUAAAAGAACUAUUAUUUAUUGGGGGUCUUUAAUAUCCACAGUAAGUGUCUUCGGUGUUGGCCUUUUAAUUGCAAAAUUAGUAUUUGGUUUUUCUAGUAGUAUCUUUCUCUCUGUUUUCUAUACUAUCUUAGUGGGAUUAUACGUUCUAUUUAUAAUUUACGAUACCCAAUUGAUAAUUUAUAAAAUAGAAGUUUUAGGUGAUAGAAAUGUCUUGUCCCACUCUGUGGUUCUUUUCUUGGAUUUCCUUGACUUGUUUAAAUUGAUGUUAUCAGUAUUUAGCCAAAAAGAAUCAAAUGAUAAAAAAAGAAAAGAUUAG